UUGGAGAAUGUUGAGGUGAUUUUUUCCCAAAUCGCUCAGUCCUACGUUAGACUUUUAUUUUGAUACUAUGCUGUGACGUCACAUGCCUGCGUCGCGCUUCUGUGUUUUGCUGUUCAACUAAAAGAGUAAAGUGUCUAAACGUAGUUGGAAACUCCUGGAGAAGCGACUGAGAUCUGCUCUUCAUUAUCAUCUAGUGUUAUAAAGAUGGCGUCUCUUAAAGAGGAGAGUGAAGAACUGAGGAUUACAGAAGUGUUCACACUGAAACAUGAAGAUCCUGAGGAACAAACAGGGCUGGUGGAACUUUCAGAAGAGACUCGGGAACUGAAUGAAAUUGAAGAGAAAGAUCAGUAUAGGAAACACCAAGAUUUAAUGACCGAUGUACCAUCUUCAGUGGCAAAGAACACUUCAUGUGAAGAAGCCGAGAAAACCAAACCUUUCCCCUGUCAUCAGUGUGAAAAACGUUUUAGUCGAAAACAAUGCCUUAAAGUUCACAUGAGAAUUCACACUGGAGAGAAGCUUUCCACGUGUGAUCGUUGUGGAAAGAUUUUCACUACAAAAUCAGAUUUUGAAAUCCACAUGAGAAUUCACACCGGAGAGAAGCCUUACUCAUGUACUGAGUGUGUAAUGAGUUUCAGUGGAAAGCAAAAACUGGAAAUGCACAUGAGAAUUCACUCUGGGGAGAAGCCUUUUGCCUGUCAACAUUGUGGAAAAAGAUUCAGCCGAAUGGGUAGUCUUCAAGUACACUUUCGUGUUCACACUGGAGAGAGGCCGUACACCUGCCAACAGUGUGGCAAGAGUUUUUCUCAGAAGUCUUCCCUUAGGUCUCACAUUAUCCGUCACACUGGAGAGAAACCGUUUCCAUGUGAUCAGUGUGAAAAGAGAUAUGUAUGUAGAGAUCACCUUAACCGGCACAAGAGGAUUCACGCUAAAGAUAAAUAUUUCAUAUGUGAUCAGUGCGGAAGCAGUUUUAAACUCAAAGAAAACUUUGACCAGCACAUGAAGAAUCACGCAGAGAAAUCUUUCAUAUGCGAUCAGUGUGGAAGGAGUUGCAUUAGUAAAUCAAGUUUUGAAAAACACAUGAGAGUUCACACCGGAGAGAGACCUUACUCAUGCACAGAGUGUGGAAAGAGUUUCGGUCAAAAGGAAACCCUUACAGCGCACAUGAGAGUUCACACUGGAGAGAAGCCUUUUCACUGCCAGCAUUGUGGAAAGAGAUUCAUUGCGUCAUCUAAACUUAAGUCUCACAUGAACGUUCACACUGGAAAUAAGCCGUAUACCUGCCGACCGUGUGGAAAGAGUUUCGCCCAAUUACCAGCCCUUAAAGUCCACAUGAGAGUUCACACCGGAGAGAGACCUUACACCUGCGCACAAUGCGGAAAGGGUUUCGCCCAGAAAAAAGACUUUCAUAUUCACAUGAGAACGCACACUGGAGAGAGACCUUUCACUUGCACGCAGUGUAAUAAAAGCUUUAUUUGUAAAGACACCCAAAUUCGACACAUGAGAACUCAUUUCACUGGAAAGAAACCAUUCGCAUGUGAUGAGUGCGGAAGGAGAUUUAUUUGUAAAAAUUACCUCAACCUACACAUGAAGAUUCACACAGAAGAGAUUACAUGUCAUCAGUCUGGAAAGAGGUUCACUGAAAGGACUCGCAAAUUACACAUGGCCAAGCAAGCCUGCAAGUCUGGCCACAAUAACAAUCCUCAAGAUUUGCCCAAGUAAGCAUUUCAGCCCUGUCUUGCCGAUUAAUCUAGCAACAAACAUCCAAUGCUGCUGCUGCGCCCUUUACAAUUUACUCCACUGAAAUGCCAGUAAAGACAUGGGCUGUGUUUAAAACAAGCACCCAAUACCCCUAAAUAGUGCACUAUUUCUAGUGCUGUCCGAAACCAUAGUGAAUGUUCUGAGGUGCACUCGAUCAAUCCCUCAACGCAUUGCAAUAACGAGUUUACAACCCAUGUACAGGCAACAGCUAGAAACUCCCCAUAAUGCACUGCGAGAGUUUGUGCCUAAAAGGAAUUCCCGCAUCUGACCACAAGACGGCAUUCCCAGUUUCUUAAUACAAUAUUAUUUACUUAAGUCAGGGGUGUCUAAACUCGGUCCUGGAGGGCCGGUGUCCUGCAUA